AUGGAUUAUCGAGGAGAUGAGCAUAUUUCAAGUUACGGCCAAGAUACUCGCAUGUUGCUCUUUGUCUUUUUUGUUUUUCCAUUUUCUAUUCAAUCUGCUCGCUCACUCGUCGGGUUUCGCCUCGUCGUGCGAGUUCAAUCUGCCGUAUUUGAUGUGAAAAAUUAUGGUGGUAAAGCCGAUGGCAAGUCAGAUAUUAGCAAGGCAUUAUUGGGCGCGUGGAAAGAGGCUUGUUCAGCAAAGGGUUCCAACAUAGUUGUAGUACCCAAAGGAACAUAUUCCAUAGGUUUAACUGACUUAAAUGGUCCAUGCAAGGGAGCCAUGGAGCUUCAAGUCCAAGGAACCUUAUUGGCACCGAUAAACCCUAGCAGUUAUGCCAAGGACAGCUGGAUUACUUUUGCAUACAUUGAUCAAUUCAAAUUAUCCGGUGGUGGAACCUUCGACGGACAAGGGCAAGUGGCUUGGAAGCAAAAUAACUGCGGUCGAAAUCCAAAAUGCAAGAGACUUCCAGUUUAUGUGCUUCUUGUCCCUUUAAAAACACGCCAGAGCUUGCGGUUUGACUUCAUCACCAACAGCGUAGUUCAGGACGUAACAUCGCUCGAUAGUAAGAAUUUCCAUGUCAAUCUUCUAGGUGGCAAAAACCUUACUUUCGAUCGCUUCACGAUCACUGCACCAGGAGAUAGCGUCAAUACAGAUGGAAUUCACAUCGGGCAUUCAAACGGGAUCAACAUUAUUAAUUCAAAUAUUGCCACCGGCGAUGACUGCAUCUCCAUUGGUGGUGCCAGCGAACAAAUAAGGAUCACAAACGUACGAUGUGGACAUGGACAUGGCAUUAGCGUGGGAAGUUUAGGGAAGACCACUGAUGAAUUUGUCUCCGGAAUUUUCGUAAGGAACUGCACCUUCUAUGACACCGACAAUGGAGUGAGAAUUAAGACAUGGCCGGCAUUACAUGGUGGCAUGGCCUCUGAUAUGCAUUUCGAGGAUAUUAUGAUGAAAAAUGUCCGCAACCCUAUCAUUAUAGAUCAAAUGUACUGCCCAUGGAAUCAGUGCAAUCCAAAGGUAACGCGAAAAGAAAUGAAAAUGAAAGAGUCUCUUAAUGCAUUGUCCGUGGACAAAUCUGCCCGCAACAUGAAAUUUCUGUAA